AUGAUGUCGUCGUUAUGCGAAAUGAUGAGGAUCUACCAGGUGAUCAGCCAUUCUCUCAUCUGUCAUUGCCCGUUCAGGGAUUUUUGUCAAGACGCAGACAUCAUACCUGUCACCUGGCUGAACUUCAACCGCGCAAAAUCCGGUACUGGUAGACCUCUCCAGAUCUUCCAGAUGCAGGUUCAAGGGCAAAACACACUUCAAAACGAGCUGUCAGUUCCAUUAACUGCCUCAUUCGUUCAGAACUUGACAACACGAAACAUUUCACGAUUCACCCAAGCAGAGCUUAUCUUGGGACGACAUAGAAGAACGCUGUUGGAUGCGUGUGUUCUUCUGGCGGUGAAGUGA